GCCUCCCUGUCUUGUCCCCGGUGUGGACCCUCCCACCCUAGGCUCCCUGGGCCAAUCGGAAGGCGGCGUGUCAGCUGCAGCUUCAACACAAACAGGGCUCUCCUGUAUCGAUCAGAACACACACAGCACCAUCACAGGCACAUUGGGCCAGCCAGCAGGACCCCCCCCCUUUGGAGUUUAUCUCCUGCUGGCCUCCCAAAGACGCCGAAAACGCACUCAUGUCAAGGUCACACCGUUAAAUCGGCAACGCUGCUCGUCGCCAACGUCCGUUCGCUAAUUUUGCUCUCUUCUGGGAUUGUAUUAGAUUAAUCAGCCACUCGAUGGGGAGUAACAGUGGAUCACCUGUUCGUGUCGCCUUCCCAACCUGCAAGAGCCACCCACAGAAUUUUACCACUUCUUCUAUAGAAAGUAUGAAACUGGUAUUAACUGAAUGGCAAUUAUGGAUUUUUAACUCUAAUUCACAGUAAACCAUUAAGCCAUAUGUUUGAAUCCGUACCAAAUAGCGUUCUCUCUCGCGCAAGUGUAUUGACAAUGUGGCAAAACACCUACUUGAAUUCAGUGGAAUAUAAGUAUUAAUUGCAUGAGGAACGUGAAGAAAGCUGAACAAAAAAAGAAGUCUUUAUUUAUCUUUGAAGAGAUAUAGUAUUAAUAUUUAUAGAGAAUCUAAGAAUAUAUAUAUAUAUUUUUGUGGUGAAGAUGGCCCCUCAGAAUGCCGACUCGGAAUCUAUGCAAGUUCGGGACCUGCCUUUGACCAAGCUGAAGAAAGAGGAGACCAAAGAGACUGAAAGCAGGGAUGAGACUAUCAGCGAGAGCUCCAUCGACCGCAUCCCUAUCCGUCUCUGGGUCAUGAACGGGGCUGUCAUGUUUGGUCGGGAGUUUUGCUACGCCAUGGAGACAGCUUUGGUGACGCCGGUUUUGUUGCAAAUUGGUCUUCCUGAACAGUACUACAGCCUGACAUGGUUUCUGAGCCCCAUCCUCGGUUUGAUAUUCACUCCUCUCAUUGGCUCGGCCAGUGACCGCUGCACACUUAAAUGGGGCCGCCGGCGGCCCUUCAUCCUCGCCCUGUGUGUUGGGGUUCUCCUGGGAGUUGCACUUUUCCUCAAUGGCUCUGUUAUUGGUUUGGCCAUUGGGGACGUUCCUGAUAAACAGCCUAUCGGCAUCGUUCUCACAGUGCUGGGUGUUGUGGUUUUAGACUUUUCUGCCGAUGCCACCGAAGGGCCAAUCCGCGCAUACCUGCUGGAUGUGGCAGACAACGAAGAGCAGGACAUGGCACUUAAUAUUCACGCCUUCUCAGCUGGUCUUGGUGGAGCAAUUGGCUAUAUGCUUGGUGGGCUGGACUGGACUCAAACGUUCCUUGGAACUAUGUUUAAAUCUCAGCAGCAAGUCCUUUUCUUUUUCGCAGCCAUUAUAUUCACUGUGUCCGUUGGCCUCCACCUUUUCAGUAUUGAGGAAGACCAAUACAGCCCCCAACAGGACCGCGUAGAGGACGAAGUGGACACCAUGUCAAGCGGAAGAUUAAACAGCACGCUCGCCCCAAUGUCUCGGUUAAACGUCAUUAAUGAAGAGGAACCCUACACAAACUUUCAUGAUGAAGUGCAGUCAGAAAAUGAUCUCAACCUCGACUACCUUGAGGUGGACAUCGUAAGAAGUAAAAGUGAUUCGGUCUUGCAUAUGGCCGAAGCCACAUUGGAUUAUGAAUCCGAGUUUCUUCAUUACAUCGAACCCUCCAUUUUCCAAGAUUGUUCAUACCCCAACACCCCGCGCAGCACCAGCCAGGAGCUUAUGCAGUCCAAAUUUAACCGUCUUUCGGCAUUCCUCAGGGAGAACGAACGAGAAGAGGAGAUGUUGCUUGAUAAUCACAUUAAUGAAGCCAAAGUUCCGAACGGCGGUGACGCACUGCAGAAUGAGAACAUGAACGGGCACACCAGAAUCGGCAUGAAACAGUCCUGCACCGCGAACUCCAUGCGUCGGAGGAGGCACAUGUUCUAUCGUCAGCCUUCGUACACCUUCUCAUAUUAUGGCAAGGUAGGAUCCCACAAGUACCGCUUCAGGAGAGCCAACGCCAUCUUGCUUAUAAAAUCCUCGCGCAGCAUGAACGACAUUUACGACAUGCAGAAGAGGCAGCGUCAGAAACAGAGGCACAGAAAUCAGAGCGGGGCCACCAACUCCAGCGGUGACACCGAGAGCGAGGAAGGAGAGACUGAGACAACUGUCAGGCUGCUCUGGCUGUCCAUGCUGAAGAUGCCGAAAGAGCUGAUGCGUCUUUGCGUUUGUCACUUGCUAACCUGGUUUUCUAUUAUUGCUGAAGCUGUGUUCUAUACAGAUUUCAUGGGUCAGGUCAUCUUUGAAGGUGACCCCAAGGCUCUCACCAACUCUACAGAACUCCAUAACUACAACACCGGUGUGCAGAUGGGCUGCUGGGGACUGGUGAUAUACGCUGCUACUGCUGCCGUCUGCUCAGCCUUGUUACAGAAGUACCUGGAUAACUAUGACCUCAGCAUCAGAAUCAUCUACAUCCUAGGAACGCUUGGCUUCACCAUUGGCACAGCAGUGAUGUUCAUCUUCCCCAAUGUCUACGUCACUAUGAUUAUGAUCAGCACCAUGGGGAUAGUGUCGAUGAGUAUUUCAUACUGCCCGUACGCCCUGCUGGGACAGUACCACGAAAUGAAAGAGUACAUCCACCACAGCCCCGGGAACUCGAAGAGAGGCUUUGGCAUAGACUGCGCCAUCUUGUCCUGCCAAGUUUACAUCUCCCAGAUUUUGGUGGCCUCAGCUUUGGGAGCCGUGGUUGAUGUUGUGGGUACAGUCCGAGUAAUUCCUCUGGUGGCCUCCAUAGGCUCCUUCUUGGGAUUUCUCACAGCUACGUUCUUAGUAAUAUACCCAGACCUUGCAGAAGAGAACAAGGAGGAGCCAAAACGUCCAGCAAAUGGUGCCAUCGCUAAUGGAGUAGAUCCGGAAAAACCACUUGUGUUGCAGCUCUCUCCGAAAGGAUCUACAGUUCCUCCAGAAGUGGAGAGCGAGUCGGCAGUCUGAGCAGGUGAUGUGUUCAACCCGCAACAUUCCUGCCCGCGCAGACACCUCUGUAGCGGCAAUUUAAUCAGGUGCACGUCUGGACUGGAAACCAAUCGCAAUACGAUGCCUCGCUAUCCUCCUGUGUUGCCAGGGGAGGGGCAUUUCCAGUUUCUAAGUGAAAAUUUUAAAAAAAUAAAAGGAAAUUAAAUGGAAGCUCCUUUAAUUUGCCCUUUCUAGAAUCUUUCGAUUAGAUGAUGCUUUUUCUGCAUGAUCCUUAAAACCUAAUGCUGAAGUAUAUGAAGUUUAGCCAGCUACAUCUAAGUUUGAAGUUUUUGUAAUGACACUGCUAUAAACUUUUUUUCUACUGUUUCACUUGUCGAAAGUAUGCAGUUGCUGUGUUAAUGAAACAUUAAAGUGCGUACAGGAAUGGCCACAGUUUGGGCUGGGCUAGUAUUCCAGAGAAAGCAUGUAUGUGGCUCAGAGCUGGCAAUGUGAGAACGAUUGUGGGAGCCUUAUCUUCCAAUCUACUGUUUGGAUACAGCCUAUAAUGCCUGCUAGGAAGAGUUCUACAAUAUUGCUGACCCUUCCUGGCCCAGCCCAAAAAAAAAAAA